UAGUGUUAGCAUGUCGAUGUUUUCUAACCGCUAGGCUACGAGCUUAAGUGGGCGGGAUUUUAAUAAUUUAGUAUACUAUAACCCAAUAUGAGUUGUUUGCCACCGGUCAGUGCGCAUGAGUGAAAACUCCCAAUCGUAAUCAGUAAUAAUCAACUUGUCUAUAUGUUUGUCUUCAUCCAUACUAGAGCGCAUUCUCGUGAUAUACUUCGGAAGUUAUAAGUUCCAAGAUGUUCGUCUUCGUUAUAAUUUCAUCCUGCAUCGUGGCUAUUGUGGCUGCUAAUUGUAGUAUCAAUCCGUGCCUAAACGGAGGCACAUGCAAUGCCUUACAUAAAAACGACACUGCACAAUUUUACUGCCGCUGUCCAUCCGGGUGGGAGGGGCGCUUUUGCCAGACCCCUUUCCGGUACAUCGGAUGCUUUGAAGACGCUGCUGUCCGUAUCCUACCUAUCCUGCUCCCUCUAUCGAAUUCAAACUCGCCGAUAGAGUGCGCCGCUCGCUGCCAGGUCUACCUUUACAGCGGCACGGAGGCUGGCGAUUUUUGUUUUUGUGGAGACUAUUUGAUCGCUAUGAUCAGGCCAGAUUCGGAAUGUAACAGUGUGUGUCCUGGUGACAGCAGCAAUAAAUGCGGAGCACCAGCGAGGAUUGGCGUCUACAGCAACGUUCACUGUGCCCCGCCUCAUUGACAAAGAGAAGCGCCGUUCACACUUAACGCUGCGUGAGCUGCAACGAACAACCCGAAGGACUUUCUUUGCUUUUUGAAAACGUUUGCUGUAGUUCUUUCUAUAUGACAUUAUUUACUAUCACUUUACUGACUGCCUGAUUAAAGAGUGUUUGCAUUCUAUUUUGCUGAGAAGUGUCAACAAGGAUGUAUAGGAUAUUGUUACGUUGAAAAAACAACAACUUUAACAUAGACACAUUAAUCUGAUUUUAAUGACACUUUUAGAAUACAUAUGCAUCAAUGCCAUAAGUAUGAAAAUGAUUACACAUAUAUUUAUUUCUUUAUGUUAA